AUGGGUUCUUGUCUCUCGGGUGGAGGAGGUUCCAAACCAAAUAAUAAUAACAACAAUGGAAGUAAGGAUCCACAAAAUGGUACUACUACUACUACUUCCAAUUCAAACCAUAAUAAUAACUACAACAACAACACGACCAAUCAUUCGCAACAACAACAAAAUGGUCAAACCAAUGUCAGCAACAACAUGAAUGGUAAUAAUGGAUCAGUUUCUCAUCGAUCGAAUCAUCAUGGUGGUUCGGAGAAUGGACAGACAGAGGAUAUCAAGAUUUUGUUGUUGGGAAGUGGAGAAUCAGGUAAAAGUACCCUUUUCAAACAAAUCAAAAUUACUGAGAAGGGAGGUUUCACAAAGGAAGAAGUGAGUCGCUAUUUGAACUCCAUCUAUGGAAAUAUCAUUCAAACAAUUGAUUCAUUACUUACGGUUGUCAAUGAAAAGGGACAAUCAAAAUUGCUUCCAACAAAUUCGAAUCGAGUUGCUCGAGUUCGACAAGUGACAAGCGAUGAUUCAUUCCUAUGGUGUGGAGUUCAACAAUACAACGAAGAUCUCGCUUUAGAUAUCGAAGAAUUAUACAAAGAUCCUGCCAUUACUGAAGCUUUUGAUAGACAAAAGACGACAGGUAUUAAUGAUACAACAUUUGAAUAUAAAGGAUAUAGACUGAAAGUGGUGGAUGUAGGUGGACAAAGACCUGAAAGAAAGAAGUGGAUUAAUUCAUAUGCCGGAGUUCAUGCUGUGAUAUUUGUGGCAAGUCUUGGAGACUAUGAUCAAGUUUGUUACGAAGAUGAUCAUACCAAUCGUAUGUCGGAAUCUAUUGACCUUUUCGAAGAGACCAUUAAUAGUCGUCACUUCCAAAAUACCAUGAUCAUUCUCUUACUCAACAAGACGGAUGUUUUUUCCCGAAAAAUCAAAGAAAAGUCCAUACGGACUCUUUUCCCAGAUUAUGAAGGAGCUGAUACUUUUGAAGAAUCUGUGAAAUUUAUUGAAAAGAAAUAUCUUGACGCCAACAAGUAUGAUCCUAACAGAAUUUUCACAUUUUGGAGUUGCGCCACAGAAACGGAAUCCAUAAAACAAGUAUUUAACUCGGUGAAAGACAAGGUGCUAGAGUUGAAGAUGGCUCAAAAACCAAAUGCAUAG